CAAAACGGUCACACCAGCUGCAUUGAAUUUGGCUGAAACGUUUACUUGUUGAUGAUUUUUAAUAAGUUUCUUCUUUUGUUAAAAAAAUGAGUAGAAGAAAUAAUAAAAAGUUUGUAAUGCAUCCACGCAAUGUGCUACGCACAGCGCCUGACUACACCAAGCUGGCUAUUAAGUACAAGGACUUUCGCCAGGUUUGUCAACUGGAGCUCAAUGGCAAGGUGUCGAUCAAUUUCCGUAAUGAGCGCACUUUGCGUGAAUUAACCAAAAUGCUGCUGCUUGAGUAUUUCGGCCUGCACGUGGAUUUCGCACCGGGCAGUUUGGUGCCAACUUUGGCGCUGCGUUUGAAUUACAUUUUGUGGCUGGAGGAUUUGCUGGCGCCCCUCAAGUUGGCUGCGGUAAAAGGCAUUGAUAUUGGCUGCGGCUCCUCGUGCAUUUACUCUUUGCUGGCCGCCAAGAAGAAUCAAUGGAAAAUGGUGGCUCUGGAGUCGAAGCGAGAAAAUAUUGAAUAUGCACGCGAGAAUGUCAAGCGCAAUGAGCUGCAGCAUCUUGUGGAGGUCUUUGAGCAGCCCGACAAGCAGAGCAUCUUCAAGAGCUUCUUUGAGUCGUCCAGUGAACUGGCCAAGGAACAGUUUCACUUCUGCCUCUGCAAUCCGCCCUUCUUUGACUCAAAUGCCAAGAAUCCAUUUGAUGCGAACACGCGCAAUCCAGAGCGUCGUCCAGCGCCGAGCAACGUGCGCACCGGCACCGACGAGGAGCUGACCUGUGCCGGCGGCGAGGUGUCCUUCGUGCAGCGCAUUGUCGACGAGAGCGAGGCGUUCAAGGAGCGUGUGCUCAUUUUCACCAGCAUGCUGGGCGUCAAAGCCAACGUGCCGAAGAUUUUGGACUAUUUGCGUGAGCGCCAAAUCAGCAAUGUCUGCACCACGGAGUUCCAUCAGGGACACACCACACGCUGGGCCGUUGCGUGGAGCUUUCAGCAAACAUCCCUGCAAAUAGACACGGCCAAAUAAUUUACCAGCUCCAUCUAUCUCCAUAUAUAUGUAAAUAUGUGUACAUAGCUCGCAUUAAGUAAAAGUAUAUUUUAAGCUAGAAUAUUAAUAAGCUGUUGAGCUCGUGGCAUGUCGACAUGUUCGGAAAAGUCAAAGCUUUCCCACUAAAUGGAUAUUUGCAUGUCAACGCGCCAUUUGCUGCCGCUGCCAAAGGCAAUCGUGCAACAAAACUAGCGGAAAUUAUCGUUUCGUUUAUAUCAUAUUGACCAGCGGAAAAGUUGCCCAACGCAAACACACACACGAAGA